AUGUGCCUUGCUCUGCUCCGGAGGUUCCAUUGACUGAUUACUCGCAGUUGCAGAGGAUUCUUCCUUUUAUGAUGAGAUCUUCGAGAGGUUAGGAGAGGAGAACGGCAACAUUUCAUCGCGCAAUUUAUAUUAGGAUCGGUAGAGUUGGUAGGUUCUGUGCAGAACUUGUGUAGGAGGGGAGAUGGCAUUUGUUGCAGUGAGGCCGUUGCGCGCCUCGUUGUGUGUGGCUCAGCACCCUGGGUUAGGGUUUCGGCGGACGCAGCAGGUGAGAGGUCGUGUUGCAGUGCCAGCGUUGCGGUCCAGAUUACUAAGCGUGAGGUGCAAUGCGAGUGAGGGUGAGAGUGAGAGGUCUGAGGCUGAAGAUGUGAAGAAGGAUUUGAAGACAGACUCUGCCGAUGAAGAGUUUGGGGGUUGGUCUGCGGCUGAGCCCGAGGAUGAGUCUCAAGGCAGUAGCUGGAAAGCAGGUCUUCUGCGAAUUGGAGCUGGUUUUGUGCUAGCAAUCGGCGUUUCAUUGAUCUCUUACACUUACUGGCAAAAGCAAGGAAGGACAUUGGCGCCGAAUCAGCCUUCUCAGACUAGUACGCAGGAGUCGAAAGCAGUGCAGGAAGCACCUCAGCAGCAGGAGGCCUUAUCAAAAGCAUCAUCGAAUGAAGCCGACCAUGGUGAUGAAGCAGCGUUUGUUGAUGUUUCAGAAAGGAAUGACGAUGAUUAUAUUGAUGAAGAACUUGAUGAAGGUAAUUAUUCUGAUAAGCAUCAAGAUCAGGGUGAAGAAAAAGAGCAAGGUGAUUCAAACCAAGUUGAUGCAGAAGAAACCGAUGAUAUUGACUCAGAUUCACAGGGUAGGGAUUUGAAGAUGGUGGUGCUCACUGUUGUUGAUCGCAUGCAAGAGAUGGCUGUAUCAGCUUUGCAGGCUUUAAAGGUUGUAGAAGAUGAAGUUGACCCUGGAGCGAUAUGCAUCCGGAGAAAUUAUGCUCGUUGGUUGAUUGCCACUAGCAAUACUUUGUCGAGGAGCUCUGCCACUAAAGUACUUCCUGCAAUGUACAUAGAAGGGGAGACAGAACUUGCUUUUGAUGACAUUACGCCUGAAGAUCCAGAUUUUCCUGCUAUUCAAGGUCUAGCAGAAGCAGGACUCAUUCCUAGUAAGCUCUCAAGUGUUGAUAUACAGUCUGCUGAGAAAGCUUCUAGCGGGGUCCGUUUUUCCCCUGACAGUCCAUUGACGAGGCAAGACCUUUUGAGCUGGAAAAUCGCGCUUGAUCGGCGUUCUCUUGCAGCUAUUAGCAAGGAGGAUUUUCAAGCACAAUCUGGAUUCAUGGAUGCGGAUUAUAUUGAGAGCAAAUUGUGGCCAGCAAUAGUUAGCGAUCUGUAUUCUGGAGAUAGCAGCAUCAUAGCUACUGCUUUCGGGUUCACAAGAAUGUUUCAACCCCAAAAGCCUGCGACAAAUGGUCAAGCAGCAAUUGCACUUGCAUCUGGAGACACCUCCGAUUUGUUUGGAGAAGAGUUAGCAAGGCUUCAAGCAGAGAGAAUGGCAGAUGAUGCAGUUGCGGCAGAUGCUGCAAUGGAAGCGCGUGCACAAGAGGAGGUGAAAGCACUAUAUAGUGGAGAAAUUGAGAGUGAGAGGAAGCGGAGAGAGGAGGUUGAGAAAUCGUUUGAGGAAGUCAAAUCCAACUUAGAAAGGGUCGAAGCAGAGAGACAAUCCGAAAAGGAGACCAUGAUGAAGAGCCAGGCUGCCGUUGUAGCGGAGAAAAAGCUGUUGCAUGAUUUAUAUCAAAAAGUUGAUGACCAACUGCAGACCUUAUCUACACUUCGAGCGGAAGUUGCUAAUGAGAAAGAAAGACUCCAUAAGCUCACUUCAAAAGUAGAAGUAGACCAAGAGUCGGCCUCCAGGUUGAAGGCGGACCUUGAAUCAGAGAAGAAAGCACUUGUUCUUGCAAGAACAUGGGCAGAGGAGGAAGCCGAAAAGGCACGGGAGCAAGCAAGAGUUCUAGGAGAAGCAAGGCAACGGUGGGCAGGUCGUGGCAUUGACGUUAAUGUUGAUAAAUCCUUUGACGAGGAUAAUGUUCCUGGGCCAAGUUGGCGGUUCGGUGGAGCUAAUACGGAAACUAAUAAAUCGAUUCAGCGUGCACCUCUGCAAGAUGUCAUGGAUAAGGGGCAAGACCUGAAGACCAAGGUCAAUAACAGUAUUGUGACAUAUUGGCAUGCAUUCUUGGACGUGCUUAGCCGCUUUGUUCAAAGAAUAAGGGAGUUGUUGGAGUUAAUGAGGAGCAGAGUGUCCCAAGUAAUUCAGAGCGUCUUUGUGUCUACUAGGGACAGGGUGCAGGAUUCAGGAUCCGUUGUUAGUGGGAAGCUGCGAGGUGCAAAGAGUGCUGUAUCAGAUAUGUCUGCGGUUGCAAUAGAUGGGACCAAGAGAUUUGCUGAUGGCUGUAAAACUGAGGUUGGAAGGAUUGCACAACGAUUCAAGCGUGAUUAAGUGCUGGUGAUUCAAGUUCCCCUUAGCGUUGCAGAUCAAUAGUGAGCUAGUAUUCUAGAAUUUAUAUUUAAACUACUGAGCUUUCAAAGGGAUCUUGACAUCCCCACUAGUUUGUGAACUGGUUCUACCUCUCGAUCAAAUGCUUCUACAUUUCUUGGUGGACACCUGUUGACCCGCAGCAUACUUUGUCCAACCGUACUUAAGGCUUGGCGAACUCAGCAAAUGGAAGGUUUUCUCAAAGUUUGCAGGCAUUGGGGCUAAA